CCCGGAGUAAAUGUGGUGGGGUCGUGCCCACAAUCAGGAAUGAUGGGGAGACCCCUCACUCCGCARGCACGGCUGGCGCAGGCAGCACGAACGAGAAGUGAAGCCAAAGCCAGUGCCAACCAAGAACCUCCAAGGAGGGAGCCGGAGCCAGGAAAAAAAAAAGAGGUCGUGGAAGUGGAGGAUGACGAUGAUGAAGAGAAAGAAGACGAGAGGUUGCGCCGAUAAGAGGAUCAAAGAGUGGAGCAGCGGGCAAGGAGGAAAGAGACCAGGGAAGAGGCCGAGUCGGUCAUGCGUGACGCACCGCCCAAAAAGAAAAAGUACGCGGUUCGGUUGGAAGAGGGGUUUGAUGUAGAGAGGGUGAUCGACAGGCUGCUGGAAGGGCAUAAUGGUCUCAUGACCCUGAAGGAGAUCCUGGCGUCAGCCCCGCGACUCCGCGAUGAAUUAAAAGGGAGGCUGUCACGGCGCCUGGUGCCCAAUGUCCAUCUGGGCACGAUCCUGCCCAAGGAGGCAGAGUGGGCAGAAUCAGGCACGAAGAUGGAUUGGAAGUGUGUGGCCUGCGGUACGGUGGAUUUGGUGGUAAAGGGCUCCAAGUGUGCGGCAAUGGUGGACACCGGGGUCGAAAUGAACAUUAUUUGGGAGGCAGACGCAAUCAAAUUCGGGUUGGAUAUAGACCGUUCUGACUGCGGUAUUCUGCAUGGAGCCAGCUGUAAGGCCGUGUUUUGCGGGACAGCCUCGAAUGUGCUCAUCGAGGUUGGAAAGGUGAGGGUCAGGGCAUGCUUCUUCAUAAUGCCGGACGUGGACCAUGGAAUCCUCCUAGGAAAGUCAUUCUUGAGUAGGACAGAGACCGUGAUGUUCAACAAGCAUGACGGGACUCUGAUCCUCCUCCUAUGUGACCCUGCCUGCAGGAAUUACGAGAUAAUUACUUGCAGAAAUACAGGACCGAGAAGUAUAAGGAACCAGCCCAACCCAGGAUCCUUUACGAUCGAAGAAUCGGAAGGCGAGCGCCGAAGGCUUCGGGCAGAGCCGGAAGGAGAAGAGGAGGUGAAAGCGUUUUCCCUUAGCCUAUCGGACGUCGGAAAGGCCAUGGACUUGGUGGCCGCACAUGAGAUGGCGGAUCCAGAUGUCAUCCAAGCCUUGAGGGAGCAGGAGGCAUCGCGCCUAUGCGUUAGUGACGAGGAGCGUGGCAGGCUGGAUGUGGACAAGAUACCUAUGAUCCGCAUCCACACCGUGCCACACGAGCCUUGGAACAUGAGAGGGGCGCGAUAUCCUAAUCCUGAUGAGGAAAAGCAGGUGGUGGAUUACCUCGACGGCAAGAUACGUACGGACGUCGCCGACUAUUCGAGUGGACCGUAUGCGUCCUCGUGGUUCUACUUUAUCAAGCCUAACGGGACGCUGCGGUGGGUGCAAGAUUUGCAGAGGCUGAAUGCGGUGACCGUGCGGGAUGUUGGAGGAUUGCCCAAUGCGGACGCGUUAUCGGAGUCCUGUGCUGGAAGGCCUAUAAUCUCACUUAUAGACCUUUACUCAGGAUAUGAUCAUUUCCCGGUCUAUCCGCCAGACAGGCCGGUGACGGCUAUACAUACGCCGCGAGGACUAAUCCACAUGAACGUGGCCCCACAAGGGUGGACCAACGCGGUAGCAAUGGUCCAACGGGCCAUGAUUCGGGCUAUGCAGUCAGUCAGCCCCCAUAGCACACAGCCAUACAUUGAUGAUUUGGCGGUGAAGGGGCCGGCAGUGAAGGAAAGCGACGAAGUCUCGCCAGGGGUAAGGCGCUUUGUUUGGAAGCAUAUCCAGGACCUCGAAAAAAUCAUGAGCCCGCUCGAGGAGCAUAACCUCACGGCGAGCAGGGCCAAAUCCAGACACUGCAUGAGGGAAGCGACUAUUUUGGGGUUCGUCUGCAGCGAGAAGGGACGAAAGCCGGAUGUGAAGAAGAGGGACAAGAUUACUGAAUGGUCAGUUUCGUUCCACUCAAUAACUGAUGUCAGGAGUUUCCUUGGCUAUCCUAUCUGGCAAGCGCCGAGUGGAUAUGAAAGGAGGGUCGAGCUAGUCCUCAAACCCUUUGAAGAAGAGGACCCUUGGGGUGGUAAGGGUGUUCAGUGGAUGAUGGAGUUAUCGCUGGGUAGUUCGCAUAGUCUAGUGGAGGACAUGAGGACGAUCGAGGGAGGACCAGGCCAGGUAGAACGACAUGAGGAUUUGAUGGGGGGAAUGUAUCUCCUCGUCAACACGUUAUUGCAGGAAAGCCUCGACCAAUCAGGCUCGUUGAACCCGGCAGGGAAUGUGGAUGAAGUGUCCGAGAGCCAGGACGACGAGUUUGAAGAAGGUGAGAUCAAAGACGCUUUUCGUGCAAAGGAAUAUGACGGGAUCUACCUAGAGCUGGGACUCCUUCUGUCUUGCGAAAUGCGGCUUAGGGACGCGAGUGAUAGGGCCCAGAGGAUGUUGCAGCGCUACUUAGUGCGAGACGGUCACCUUUUCGUAAGGAGAGAAGUGGGGAAUCCCAGGAGAGUCAUCUGCGGUAGAAAUCGUCAGAUCGACGUCGUAGCAGCGCUUCACGAUGGCAUUGCAGGAGAGCAUCGAGGGGUACAAGCCACAUAUGCCAAGCUAAGUGAGUUGUACUACUGGGAUGGGAUGAUGGACAUGGUCGGGAAGUUCUGCCGAUCUUGCAUACCUUGCCAAGAGAGAUCCCGUUUAAGGCAAGGAGAGCCGCUGCAUGCAAGGCUAGAGCGAGAGGUGGGGGCUGUAGUGCAUCUCGAUCUACUUUUUAUGCCACUUGGGGAUCAGGGCUAUAACUAUAUCUUCGAUGCGUGCAAUAACCUGUCUGGAUUCGUAGACGGGCGUGUUAUUCGCACAAAGACCGGGUCUGACUUUACGAAGACAGCCAUGCCAAGAGGAGGGAAGGGGACACGGCCGCCUCAGAGGCCGUUGGGGGCAUCAGGAGGGUAUGGGCGGCAUGGGUCUCGCCAUCGACAGAGUACUCCGGUGUACGAUGAUGGGGACGUCGAGCUAUUCCUAGACAGUUUCUGGGAGCAUGCGAGGCGUAGGGGCUGGACCAUGGCCCAGGCGAUCGAGAGACUGAGAGGAGCAGGCAGGUUUGAGGAGCCCAUCGCGAGGAUUCGUAGGGAGGCGACGACGAGGCAGGAGGUGGAGUCGAGGAUGCAGGAGCUACGACCCUCGCCUGUGGGACCAGAUGGCAGGCCGAUCCGCCUAGAGAUCGGAAAUGCGGCAAACUUUAUUCCUGCUUUCGAGUGGUUCAUGCAGGGGCACGGUACACCGAGAGAUGAGUGGGCGAGGACGUUACCCCUCUGGACCAGAAAGGCGGAGAGACCACUGGCUAGGCAGAGGGACCCUGAGCCUAGGGAGGCGAGACCAUCUCGAAGAGGACGGAAGGCCCUAGCCAGGAGAGAGGAGGAACCGGGGCCGGAACCAGAGGCUGAGGAGCGAGGGGCGUACCCUGAGUGUGGGUUGGGACCAGUGGAGUUCCACCGGUUUACCGAGGGUGGAUUGAGGAGGUCGCCAGCACGCACGCAGGAGGAGACGCCAGCAUCUGAGGGGCCCUUGAGGGAGUUGGAGGCGCAUUUGGAUAUCUCUCAGAUGAGAGCGUCGCCUCAGGGUGAGGAGCAUGGAGAGCAGGCAGAAGAGGUGCCACAAGAGGAGGUGCCACGAGAGGGGAUGCCACGGGAGAACGUCCAGGAUACUCAGCGAGAGAGGGGUCAGGGCGACGAGGGGAGAAGUGCAGGGAAGGAAGUUAUAGGGGUUGGAGAGGACACGCCCCCUCAGACACCAGCGCACCCAGACCUGGAGGAGCCAACACCUGCAGAGCCGCGCCAAGAGCCGUGCCAACCAGAGCAGAAGGUGGAGGCAGAGAUCCCAAAGAGGGUCGACCUCCGCACGAGGGAAAGGGCGCCAGCAGGAGAGACGGCUGAAGAAAAGAGGGCGAGAAGAACUCGGAGGAUAGACGAGAUAUGGCAAGAGAGGCAGAGGUUGGAGGCAGCGGGGGAGCUUCCGGAGCAGCAGCAGGAGAGGCGGAGAUUGGAAACAGCAGGGACACUUCCAGCAGAGCCUCGCCAGGAGCCACUUAUGGGGAGGGUUAUCCUGGAGCCAGAGGAGGCGAGAGCCCAAGGACAGGCGGAGAGAAAGGCCUUUGAGUUCAGAGCCCCUACCGAGCUCGCGACACUGCCUGUAGCAGCGGCGGGCCCAGUCGUACCUUUGGCAGUUGAGGAGGGGCUACCACCAUCUAGCAGUGAGCCAGCUCAGGGCUCAGCAGAGGGAUCCAUGGGCGUGUUCCUUGAGGUGGUGCAUACUAUGCAGGAGGAGGCGAGUUUGUUUUCACCCAAGCAGAGGAUAGAGGAGCCUCUUGAGAGAGAGAUGGGGAUUGAGGCGGAGGGCGUCCUCAAGGGCAGGCUACAGAGGUUGGGCACGCCUGAGUAUGAGCCAGAGGGGAUCGAGGAGCAGCCCAUGGUGGUGCCAGGAGAGAUGCUCGAGAGGAGACUCCAGAGGUUGGACACGCCUGAGUACGUCCCAGCGACAGGGGAUUUGAGGAGCAGACUGGGAUCUUGGGCUAUUGGAUCUGGGUCUGGGGGACCGGUUCCUGAGAUAGAGCAGCAGGAGGUUGUUAGUACCGCAGGUGCUCGAUCAGAGCAGCAGGGGGUUGUCAGUACUAUGGUAGGAUCUCCUUCAUCGCCACCUCCUCAGCCCAGGAAAAAGAAGUUCAAAAGGAAGGUUGGUCAGUUAUGCUUUUACUGCAAGAGGCGCAUGAAUCAGGCUCUGGAAUGUCGCGAGUUCCUUGAGGAUAAGGCAGAAGGGAAGGUCUCAAAGGCAGGGGGUAAGAUGUAUGAUAGACAGGGUAGGAUAGUAGAGAAGUCCGCAGAUGGACUUAGGGCUCAGUUAUAUAAGAAAAAACAGGAGGAGUUGAGAAGGUAGGGUCGGUUUGCCUAUGUAAUUGAUUGAAUAUCUUGUGAAGCAUCAGCUUAGGCUUUGUGUGAUACCCUCUUAGACUUAGAUGA